AUGGAUCUUGUACUUAGCUUUCUUCUUUCAGUAAUUAUUUCCAUCUCAGCGUAUUAUAAAAAGUCGCUUUCACUCAGUGGCACCGUUGCUGGCUUUUUCACGUUUUUUAUACAUCUGUACGCGGGAACUUCAAUCGGCCUUUUUAUUAUUACAUUCUUCAUUACUUCCUCUAUCCUCACAAAGGUCGGGAAAGAUAAGAAAAAGAGGAUCGAAGCGAAAUACCAAAAAGAAAUUGUUCAAGAAGAGUGGGUCAUUCUUCUUGAAGUUAUAAGAAGAGUAAGUAAUAGACUACCUUGUCAAUAA